AUUGAGUCUAUGGCAGCCUGAGUGAGUGAGGGGCUUGAAAUGCUGCUGGGUGGCGGUAUUUGCAGGCCUCUGGGCAUUGUGUGACAGGCAUCCCGGCGUUGCCUGAAUGCCUAGAUGCCUGUAAAACUCGGCAUUCACAGCCGACCUCGUGUUCUCCUCGCUUUCUUUGUCCAACACCGCGUUAACGUCGCCGGGCGCUCAUCGCCUAUUGUUCUUGGGUGGAUUAUAAUCAACAUCGUCUCGCAGCUUCUCCUGACAUGAUUUUUUGCCUUUGUGGUUGAAGCCGCUUUUGUUUUCCCACAUUUCGGAUCGGUCACAGCGAGUGCUCGCCGGCAUCUUGCAUUCUCAGCAUUUGAACAGAUAUGGCUCCCAUCGGUCUCCUGGCUCGUUUCAGGACUCUGGUUGCAAAGAACUACGAUGAACCCGCCAUUUCAGCGCAGACGGCUGCAUUUUUCUCGGUUCUUCUAACCCUGAUCUAUGUGGUUCCCUUCUAUGUAAACCCAACGACCCGGCCAUCCCCUACCCUCAGUAGAGAUGCGCCGUCGGUGAUUCGGGCCCGGAUUCGAGCCGUGACCAUGUCAUGCAUCAUUAGCAGCUUGGCUGUCCUAUGGCUCCUCACCGCUAAAGACAAUGCUUCCAUUUCCGACGCCCUCCGCUUCCUGGGCUGGUGGCCUAUUAGCCUCGUGGAUAUUUUCCGCAGCUUGCUCCUGACGGCCAUCCUGUUCGCCGGUCCACUAUUUGAACGUGGUGUUGCGGAGGGGGAGUGGAGAGAAUGGGUUCGGGGAAAUCGAGUCACCGCAGCACUCCGCAGCUGGAUUGGAUGGAGAAACUAUGUCGCUGGUCCAAUCACUGAGGAGGUUAUGUUCCGCUCCGCUAUCAUCCCUCUUCACCUCCUCGCCAAGGUCGAUCCGGGUCGUAUUGUCUUCGUGGCUCCUCUCUAUUUCGGAAUUGCUCAUGUGCACCAUUUCUAUGAGUUCCGCCUCACUCAUCCUGAUACUUCGAUUGUUGCAGCGUUACUACGUUCUGUCUUCCAGUUUGGCUACACUACCAUUUUCGGCUGGUAUGCCACAUUUGUGUAUCUUCGUACCGGCUCUCUCCUGGCAGUUAUCCUCGCUCAUACCUUCUGCAACUGGUGCGGACUGCCCCGGCUAUGGGGAAGAGUGGAAGCUGGCGUGCCAUUGGGGCCUCCGCUAGUCAAAGGGAAAGAAAACACCGACGUGGCAUACGGUCCGCUUGGACUCAGCUGGACCGUCGCAUACUAUGCUCUUCUUGUUGGAGGGGCAGUUGGCUUUUAUUAUGGGCUAUGGCCUUUGACAGACUCAUUCAACGCGUUGGCCAGCUUUUCCGGGCCUUCCAAAUAAACAUGGCAAGGUCUAGGACAGCAUCCAGCGGACGCAUAAUCGAUAUUUUCUAUGUCUGAUGUUCACCUUUACAUGACCUUUUGUUUCAUGAAUAUGUCUGCUGCUAUGGUACCCAAGCGAGAUUGCGAUUACCUAAUGAUGGCACCUUUGUGUCUUUUCUUCAUUAUUGCUUUAUUUCAUAUUUUGCUAUUGGCAGGGGGCAUAAUUUGCGCGGAACUACAUCUGCUUCUAUGACAGUUCUGGUUCCUAUUCUGUCGAGCUAGGACUCAGCAGUUACCCAGGAAAUAAUAUAAUAUUUCGGCUAUUUCGAACAGUCGCA